GCAGCCGCUUGGAGCGCCUUCACUGACAGCUGCUCCGGCUCCGCCUCCGCUGACCGUUCCUCUCCUGCUCCGGGCCGUUCCAGUCCUGCUCAGCAGCUCAGCCUUCGCUGACCGCUGCUCCUGCUCAGCCUCCGCUGACCGUUCCUCUCCUGCUCCGGGCCGUUCCAAUCCUGCACAGCCUUCGCCUCCGCUGACCGCUGCUCGAGUUGUGCGUAGCUCACCCUUCUCAUUGUGGAGACAAAUCUGCUGCUCCUUGCUCGAGCUGCUCCCGUCUCUCGUUGAGCCGCUGCUGGUUGCUCGAAUGAUGGACACGGAGAAGACCUCUCCUACUGCGUUGAACAAACCACAGAUCACAUCAUGUCGAAAGAAGAAGGAUGAUGAUGCAACCUUUCUGGAGGAUCUGAAGGAUCACAUGGAUGAAUUUAUCAAUGCAUCCAUGGAUGAGCACGAGAGUUGUUUCAAGAAGACUGUUCAGAAGAUGUUUGGAAUGUCCAAGGUGGUUGCUGAAAGGAGUACUGCUGCAGAGGAAGUCGAAAUCUCUCUCCCGCUUAGAACAGUAGUAUCGAAAUAGAACAAUUUCACAUUUCGGUGGUUUUGUCAAUACGGGAUGGCCACGGACAGAUUCCAAGCGAGCUUCCGACCAAGCCCUCUCUCGUCUCUAAGUAACAAGGCGAAGAAGAACGCUAUUGAAGGUGGAGGAUAUUCGAACUUUGAAUUGGAAGAACAAAGCCCUUGUUUCUCUGUGUCAUCAGUUAUUUUUGUUUAACUUUAAAGCGUUAUCAUGUUUACGUUAACUUCUAGUAUGUUAAUGCUUACUUUAUAAUCAACAUGAACUAUUUCUCUCUUGCUUAGGAUUACAAUUAAUGGAAUAUCUAAUUUAAAUUUGUGAA